AAAAAUGAGGAAGUUCAACUUGCAAUUAAAGUUGUUAUUUAUUUAUCAUAAUAGUGCUGGACAGAAUACGAUAUAUGUUCAUUUAACAUUCAUUUACACAAGAAAACAUAAAGUACCAGCUGUCCUGGUACACCAGAAAAAUCAUAUUUAUAUCAAUCCAACAGCUGUUAAAAGUCUUUUCCAAUAUCAAUAUUAGAAAGCGCAAUAAUAAAUAGUGGACACAUAAUUAAGAUUUCUGACACUAAGCGUUUUUGUGUUGGACGUAAACUAUCGCAACAACGUGGAGGUAAUAUUUUAGGGGCUACAAUAUGUCUGACUGGGAACAAAUGGUUGACAGUCCAGCGGAGGAAAAGGAUUUAACUAAAACUGUCGUUAUUGCGAUGGAUGGCAGUGAAUACUCUGACUAUGCUCUGCAGUUUUACGUGGACUGUUUACACAGACCGGGAAAUACAGUUUGGCUGGUGCACGCUACUGAGUAUAAAAUUGUCUCAAAUCCUGCGGUAGCUUUAAUGUCUGGAAGCACAGAUAUGACGUUGGUUACAAAAGAAAUAAAAGCAGAGGAAGAAAAAACAGCUGAACUCAUAGAGAAACUUCAACAGAGAAUGAGCUUUCUGAAGAUCGAUGCCAAUAUUCAAAGUAUUCAUGGGGAUGUUGGACCUUCCAUUAUCACAUUUGCAGAUGAAAAGAAUGCCGACUUUAUUGUUGCUGGUUGCCGUGGAAAAGGAAUGUUACGCAGAACACUGACUGGAAGUGUGACCGAUUAUAUCACCCACCAUUCCCAUAUGCCUGUGGUUAUCGCUAGAAAUGCCGAUCAUCUUGAGAAACUGCACCUUCAUAUGCCCUUUAAACAAAAGAAGCACUAAAGUACACGUUAUGUCCAUUUCAUCAAGAAAAUAUCAAAUUAUUGCAAUGAGUAACAAUUAUUUAAAGUGUAAAACUCCUACCUGAAACCUAUGUGUAUCGUAACCUAUGGGCAUACCUUUAACACAUCUAAUUAUUCUGACUUAAUGAAAAUGAUUAAAGCGACCAAUAUCAUUCCGUUGCAUGAAUUCGUUUAAAUGUCGUUGUUAUACAGAAUUUUCUGAGUUUUUACUGAAUAUUUUCCAGUAUUUUACUGAAGUGUCUUAUUUUAGCUGAUUGUUAAUCAGUAUGGUAAUGGUUUGGUGGACUGUAUUAUGCAUUAUUAGAUGUUUAGGAGGACUUUGCGCAAAGUAGGUAAAUCAGCCCAAUAGGCACCUUGAUGAAAUUGGACUGGUGAGAUAAGGUCAAAUGUAUACAUGUUUAUUUGUAAAAAGGACAAAUUCCACGAUUAUUAAAACAUAGAUAUGUUAGCAGUUAUUACUUUAGUAAAGAAUUCUCAGAAAAAAAUUGAGGGAUAUUUUGUAGAAUAAGUUUAGUUUACUUGUACUUUGCUGGACGUACUACGAAUAAAGCAUAUGAUUAUAAAACCAUGGA